AUUUUACAAUUGAAUUCUUAGCAAAGGAGACUCUUAGUAUUACAAAUUGGCAGUGAAACUUGCAAGAGGUUUGCCACACAAAUGUCGAGAUAUUUUUGGGUCCCUGCCCUGUGCAUUGGUUGCCUGAUCAGCAUUAUUCAAACCGUGCCCAUACAUUCAACGUCCACUGAUCCUCUCCGUUGGAAGACUUCUUUAAGCUCAAACCACUCGAAGUCAACACCGCAGCUGCAGGCAGCGGCAAAUGUUUCCGUUUCCGUUUCCGUUUCCAAAUCAAACUCCACAACGCAAAGUCCUAAAUUAUCAUCUGCAAACAGCACAAUACAAGCCCCAGCAAGGACCACUUUUGGGGCAUAUAUUUCCACAAAUCCCCGCCAGCCUACACCUCAAAGUACGCUCAAAGUGUGGCCCUCACACAGCGAUCGUGUCAAGGUCUUGGAACCCUUUGUAAGCUCAAUCAUUCGUAGGUAUGGUGACAAGAUCACGACUAUCUUGAGGACAAUUCCUGUCAGAGGACCCGAGGUGGCCCAACAUGCAGAUCGAGCGAUGCCAAGUGCCCAAAAGCUGAGUAGCCGGAGCCCAGCGGUGCGCAGAAAGCAGGAAGCUAAAGGGAAAGCGAUGGAAACACCUCGUGAAAAACCCAUGGAGCUGACACUACCUUUGGAAUACCUUGCCAGAGCAGCAACCAUAAAGGAUUCGAUUAUAUACACCGAUCCACCCAUAUGGAUGGACACGCGCUUUCACUUCAAGUACCAAAGUCGACAGCCGCGACUCCGCGUCGAGCCGAAUCCCGCUGUGAACUACUAUCCCGAUAGCAAGAAGAUGAGCACCGUGUGCAGGGACAAGUCCACCAUUAUAGGCACGGAUGGAGUGACAAAUUAUCUGAAGGAGCACGUCUACCAGAAGCCCCACGGCAAGCGGAUACUCUACAAUCAGUUUCGUGCAAAUCAAACUCUGAAUACGCUGCUGCUGUUCUGCCACAUGCCCACAGUUGUUCCAGUGAAAGCCUUCCUCGAUUGCAUGAUAAUGCGACACAUGAUGAUGGAGUCCAUGGUGCCCAAGUAUCCCUAUCAUCAGAAGCAAUCAAAGCUAUAGAGAAUCACAUUGUACACUCCCAU